AAAACAACAUCAUCAUGCAGCAUGGUCCCAACUUUUUGUGGCCGUUCGCGCCGCGGCUGGACUGGUGGUGGCUGUACCUGUCCGUAGCGGUGUCCUUGGCACUCGUGUACGAUCAGCUCGCGCUUCCAUCGCCGCGUUCGUUGAGGACGCUCGUCGACGACUUCUGGUGGCUGAACGUGCCGUUGCUCGCCAUCGCAGGUCUCGUCUGCCUCAACAUAAGCAUCCGUCGCCUUGUGUACUUCUUUAGCAAGCCCUCGUUCCGAGAGGGUCCGUACGUCCUUGGGCGUCACCAAUGGCGCGCCAGCACCCGCGCUGGACCUCUGUGGUGCAACGUGUGCGAGUCGCUCGUGAUUGGCAUCCGCAGCUACGUGGUGAAUUGCGACAUUUGCGGCAUCACCGCCCACGGCCCGUGCGCCUUGCGGCACAUGCGCGCAAGCACCAAGCAGAAAUGUGCGUGCAAACUGGCGGCGAUUCCCGCCACCUGCGACGACGCGACGUUGGCGUCAUACAAUGCACACGUGUGGGUCAAAGGCAACAUCGACCCGUUGGACACGUGCGACUUGUGCGGGUUGUUCUGCGGCAACAUCCUCGCGCUGUCCGCCAUGCAGUGCAUCUGGUGCCACCGCCGCGUACACGAAUCAUGCUUUGAGGCGAGUGGCGUCGGGCAGGGCGCGUGUGAUUAUGGCCCGCACCGCCAGUUGGUGCUGCCGCCCACGUCCAUCCGCAUCAACAGCAGCUCCCAGCCACCCAUUCCAUCGACCAACGCGCUGUCCACGGUUAAGAACGCCGUCAAACACAUCAAGAUCACAUCGCUUCGGAAGCGAACCAACUCCAUCACCCUCGUCACAGAGGACGGAUCCACGCAAACGAUGGCCAUCCAGCGAAAUCAAACGCUGCAACAGUCCGAGCCAGUGCCGUUGUUGGCGGAAGGCUGUGAUGCCGACCAACUACCUUACACGAUUGAGCCGCGGCCAGGCUCGACGCCUCUCUUGGUGUUUAUAAACAGUCGAAGCGGUGGUCAAAUGGGGGUGUACAUGCUCCAGCAACUGCGGCGGUGGCUCAAUCCUCUGCAGAUCUACGACUUGUCCCUCCAAGGCCCCGAAGCCGCCCUGGCGCAGUACUGCAACGUCCCCGGCCUUCGCAUUUUGGUGUGCGGCGGCGAUGGGUCUGUGGGAUGGGUGUUGGGAGCGAUAGACAACUUGUCCAAAACAGUCUUUCCAAGGCAGCCGCCGGUGGGCAUCCUGCCGCUGGGCACCGGCAACGACCUCGCAAGGGUGCUGGGAUGGGGCAGCGGGUACUCCAAUCAGCCAAUCACUGCGCUUCGCCUCCGUCAAGCCAAAAAGGUCCAGGUGCGGCUGAAAGAACGUCUGCCGCUGCAAAUCGACGGCGAGCCGUGGAUGCAAGAUCCGUGCGUGAUGGACAUUUCGUUUCACCACCAGGCGUUCAUGCUAGCCAAGACCACGCACGAGCGCGACACAGUCACCCGGCAAGUGGGUGAGGUAUUGGAUUGGGCAGGGAAUGCCAACGUCAUCACGUGGGAGCAGCGAGACGUGCUGCUCGCAGAAAUCACAAGGCGAGUGCACGCCAAGGACCAACAGCACUGUGCUAUCGUUCGCCGGCACUUUGCAACGUAG